GCUCGCGUGCUACUAGGAAGGAAGAGACAGCGCACCACGCCGCCCAGCCCACCCACCCACCCAUCCAUCCACCUGCCAGCCAGCUCGAGAAAGACUUGACCAGUUCGCGCGACUGCAGCCGCCUUCUCCUCGGCCUCUUCGCCUCCUCCGCCUCCACGACGACCGCGACCCCGCUCCGCCCUCAUCCUCAUCCAUCCUUCCUUCCUUCCUCCAUGGCGAAUUAGUCCUCGCCCCCGAGCUCCGCCUUCUUCCGCCCCGUGGUGCUCCCUCCGCUCGAUCGGGCCCGGUGGGAAGUUGGUCGCGGCGCGUCUGCGCUCUCCGUAACCGAGAUUUUCUAAAAUGGAAACUUUACGUAACAUGACCCUGCCACCAGGAUUUGGAUUUCAUCCAAAAGAUACUGAACUCGUUUCUCACUAUUUGAAAAGGAAAAUACUUGGUCAGAGAAUUGAGUAUGACAUCAUACCUGAGGUGGAUAUAUACAAGCAUGAGCCAUGGGAUUUACCUGCAAAGUGCAAUGUUCCAACCCAGGAUAACAAGUGGCAUUUCUUUGCUGCUCGAGACAGAAAGUAUCCUAAUGGUGCUCGGUCAAAUAGGGCAACAGUUGCUGGGUAUUGGAAGUCUACUGGAAAAGACCGGGCCAUUAAGGUGGAUAAGCGAACCGUAGGAACAAAAAAAACUCUAGUUUUUCAUGAAGGUCGACCUCCCACUGGAAGACGUACUGAGUGGAUUAUGCAUGAAUACUACAUAGAUGAGAACGAAUGUCAUGCCUGCCCAGAUAUGAAGGAUGCCUUUGUUCUUUGUAAAGUUACUAAAAGAGUUGACUGGACAUCAGAGAAUGGCAAUGAGGUGGGCAACAGUGACCCUCAUCCACAACAGUCAAAUGUUGCUGCUACCUCAGCUGUCAGUGCUGAACAACCAGAUGCUGCUGCUGAAUCAGUUAUCGGUGGUGAACUACCGAAUGAUCUUGCUACUUCAGCUAUAACUGCUCAGACAACAACUCCAGAUGGUGAUGACGAAAUACAAGGAUGGCUGGAAGGAAUGAUUGAUUUUUCCUUUAAUUCUGCAGUGGAUCCUGUUUCUGCUGGCCUGUCUCUGGAUGAACAAAACGCUGAAUCAUCGAACCGUGGUGCUAUGGCUCCAAAGGUGGAACCAGACUAUGCCAGUCCUAACCAGUUUGUGGUAGACGAUGAUUCAGACUACCUGUUGCCAGAUGAUAUUUACAACAUGUUGUGUCCUGGUAGUGAUGACUUCAUGCCAUGGCAUACUGAGCAGGCAGCUCUUGCUUUUGCUGACCAAACAUACUCCAUUAUGGGUGUGGACCCCUUUACUCUGCCAAGCAACUUUGCGGAAGGAACUCAGAAUGAAGAGCUACAGUUACCUCUGGAAAUUAAUGAGCCUAAUCUGUCAAAUGAAGCUGCUGAUAAUGGAGUUAUAAUACGGACGCGUAAUGGAAAAACACCUGCAGAGAGCAUUCCACCAUACAGGAGUAACAGGACUAGACUUCAGCAUAGUAUCAACAGGAUGGUUGUGAGCAGCUCUGAAUCUAUAAACGAGACCAUGAAGUUCGUUGACAACGGUGGUCGUCUUGAUCUCAUGACUAAUGUUGAGCACAAGAAGAAACAUGUGCGUGAUGUUACUACUGUCAGGCAGCGGGAUGCAGGGAAGUCAAAUAGAAACCAAAACAACCAAGGAUUUUUCAGGGGUGUCCGAAAGUCAGUUUGGGGCUGUUCAGCAGCUGGACUGAAUAUACUUGUUGCUCUUUGCAUGGUGGGAGUUGCUGUAGCAAUACUGCAUCAUGGAUGUCACCGCACUGGGAUCAGCUUAUAGUAGAGCGUUCAGAAGCAUGCUUUGUUUUAGCUGUACGAAUCAUUAGCAUCACACCCUUUGAUCUUGGCAGUUGGCACUGCGAUUGAAGUGGAUGAGCGAUCGAGUAUUUAGCUGGGAUGGUGGCCUUCUGGAGAUAAUGUGUUCUUUCGUGCAGAACAUUGCUCCCCCGUCUAUCUUCGCUUGUUCUUGUACAUCUAUGGAAUUCUUUCGUUUUGAUCCACUUGCUGUCUGGAUAGUAUGAUGGAUGAGUGCUAAAAAGGAAGAAAAAAGGAAAAAGGAAAAUAUAAUAGAUAUGGCACACUACAUGUUAGUAUUGUAACCCUAAACCAUGCUUAACAUCUUGUAAUCCUUUUGCUGUUUGCAAUUGAAUACCUGAUACAUAUGUAAAUUAGUCAAUAAUACUCGUAAACUGGUAGAUGGCUACAUUAUUAUGUUCGUCCGAA